AUGUCCGGUGCAUGUUCACCUUAUACGUUAUUGGCCGUUGUUGCUGCCACUGCUGCAGCUGCCAGUACCUUCCGUGGCUCCUCCUCCCUGUACAGUCCCAUCAUGGUGGAUGCCUUUGCACCGCCUACUCAGUUCUCAUGGGCUCCUCACAAAUCUUCAACAGCGCAGAGGACGGCGCAUUGUCAACGCGUCCCGUACUUUCUACCUACCACCUGUCUCGAAAAAGGCGGGGCAAGAAUGAGACAUGCCAGGGACAGAUCUUCCUCGCCGGUCCACGCCAUUAGCCCGUUCCAAGAGCAGUACCGCGAUGACGAUGGACUGCCGGAAAAGAAAAAGUCUUCGAAGGGGAAGGAUAAGGACAAGGUUGCAGGCACUCAGGCUCCGUCGUCCUCCACGCCCUCCCUCCAUGAUGAGAUCCUGACCAAGUUCAAGUCCCUUUUCGAGGGAAUAGCCUCCAUCGACACCCACGCGGAUUCGACGCACGAGGAGGCGAUUGCAACCCUUGCGGCCACUGCAUUGGCGAAGACCAAGGGCGGGGCCGGGGGACGAGGGGGCAGCAGCUUGGUAACCCUUGGAAGUCCUUCCACUACGACCGUGUCGUUUCCGGAUCAAUCCCGCGCCGCUGAUGUCGCGGCCACCGCUUUGCAAUCACCUUGCGACAGUGCCUUGCCUGCCGCCGUCCCUAAAUCUUCCUCCUCCUCUCCUUCCCCCUCGACGUCCCUGAGCGCCAGCGACGUGGCCUUGGGCAAGGUACCAGAACCCGUGAACGAAAAUAUUGCGCGAAUCUCGAGCAAGGUGCCCAACACGUGGUUGGCCGUUUGUCAUUCCUCCUCCCUCAAAAAGAAGGAGCUGAAAAAGAUCUGGGUGGACGACAAGCCGAUCUGCCUCUUUCGAGCCGCUUCGGGGGAGGUCAAGGCCAUCAGCGACAUUUGUCUGCAUCGGGCCGCUGCCCUGUCGGACGGCUGGUUGGACGGGGACCUGGUCGUUUGCCCCUACCAUGCCUACAAAUUCGACGGUGAAGGCAAGCUCCGCUAUAUCCCGGGGGUGGACGAGGGUAUGCUGGCCAAGAACAAGCGGACGGCGCGCACGGUGUGGUACAAAACCUUGGAGCAGGGAGGCUUGAUCUACCUCUUCCCGGAUGCCAUGCGGGCCGGCGCGAUUGAGCAGCACGUGAAGCCCUUCCUGAUACCGGAGGAGGUGGACCCGUCCUUCCGAGUGGUGGAAGGCGUGGCGGAGAUCAAGGCGAGCGCGAAUUUGGUGGUUGAGAAUUUGUUGGACAUGCUCCACAUAUCGUACGUGCACUCCUUUGGGAACAUGCAGGAACCGUUGCCGUUCUCGGAGAAUUAUGACUAUUUUUUCGACGACGAGGCCUCUCAGCUCCUCCCGUACGCCAGGACCACCUUCAAAUACCGGGCGGGACCUACUAGUAUCAGUAAAGUGGUGGGCCAAGUCAAAGAGGUGGUGGUGGAGAACGAGUUCCACUUGCCGUACACGACGGUGACCCGCGUCAAGUUUGGGAAGGAUGUCAAGACGAUCUAUGUGGUGGCCGUCCCCGUGGAGGACGGGUUGACCGUGGUGCAUUACAAGCUCUACCGUAAUUUCAUGUACGUGCACCCGCAGGACGAGAGUCCCGUCAACAAGGGCCUGGACCAUUUCUUCCAGUCGGUCAUGCGUCUGACGUUGAACGAGGACAAGGAGAUAUUGGAGUCUCUGUAUCAGGAACACCAGGCCGGGUAUGUCUUGAGUCGGUACGACAAGCCUCUGAAAAUCUAUCGCAAAGCCUUGAAGGAAUUCAUGGAGGCUAGCAAGUCUCGUGAAUUUUUGGCCGAAAGGCGCGCGUUGGAAAUGGAACUCUUGCGCUUGAUUGAGUGCACGGAGAGGGGAAGAAAAGCGACCCGGGGCCAACACUCCAUGAUUCUGUCGAUCGUGCAAGGCUUGGAACGAGGCUUUGCCAGGCAGUUCAAGGACGAGGAAGGCGGGAAUGGAGAGGUAGUAAUAGAGGACAGCGCCGUCAAUGGGACGUGGCAUUUGGUCUAUGCUAAUCCUGGUGAUUUAGCGUCCCUUCCUCCCGACGAUGAACAGAAGGAGGAAGAACAACGGUCCCUCCGAAUGCAAGACCUGCGCCCGGCAUUGGACGCGACGGCCACAGCCGCGGCAGGGCCCUACCCAUGGCGGACCAUGACCCCAAGGCAGCAACAACGCAUGACCCGUGAGGCGCGCGAGCGGAUGCAGCAAGCAGAAGAGAAAGGAGGGUCGGCCCAUUCCCUUCCAGCUGCAGAACCGGCAUCCAAGCCUCUUCCCCGUUCUCCUCGGGAGACGGACGAUGUCUUGCUGUAUUCCGAAGAAAAAUCGGCGCGUUUACAGGAGCGUCUGCGUUCCGCCGGUGGAGAGAGAUAUCUGCUAGAUUUUACACCAUCCAAAGGGCGGCCCUUGUGGGUGGACACAGAAGAAUCUACUCAGACGAUCGACACGUCGAAGAACCUUUUGUCGAACACGGCGGUCUACCAAGGGCUUCUGGGCAUCACGACGAAGGUGGAAUUGAACGGGAUCAUCUCCACUCCCGCGGGAGGCCAGAAAAAUAAGGGCGAUGCGCUGGGGGUGGAGGAUGGAGGAAGGAACAAGGGCCAUCGCCAAGAUGUACAGUUCACCUCGGCAAAAGUGGACGUGGGGGGUUUCAAGGUGACGUUCCCACACAUGGAUGUGUUUGGCGUGAAUGGCUGGCUGGAUACGACCUUUGUGGAUGAGCACAUUCGAAUAUGCCGGGGAAACAGAGGCUCGAUAUUUGUUCUUACCCGGCGCCCGCUGACUGUGGCAGCCGUAGGAAAGGGCGAAGUGUGA